GGCGGAGCUCGGCCACAGGGGGAGGGGGGUGGGGGGGCGGCUCGGCGGCGGGUCUGCGGGCCGGGCGGGCCCCAUGGGCGGGUGUGUGGGCUCCCACCACGACUCCUCGGGCAGCCUCAACGAGAACUCGGACGGCACCGGAGUUGCUCUUGGUCGUAAUCAGCCCUUGAAAAAAGAGAAACCAAAAUGGAAAAGCGAUUACCCCAUGACAGACGGACAGUUGCGCAGUAAGAGAGACGAGUUUUGGGACACAGCACCAGCUUUUGAAGGUCGCAAGGAGAUUUGGGAUGCCCUCAAGGCUGCUGCACAUGCUUUCGAAAGCAAUGAUCACGAACUGGCACAAGCAAUCAUUGAUGGUGCAAAUAUAACACUACCACAUGGUGCUCUUACAGAGUGUUAUGAUGAACUGGGCAACCGGUACCAGCUCCCCGUCUACUGCCUCGCCCCACCUAUCAACAUGAUAGAGGAGAAGGGUGACCUGGAGACUCUGGAUAUUCCUGAUCCCCCACCCAAUUCAGGGCAUGAAUGCCAGCUUCGUUUGCGCCUGUCCACAGGCAAAGAUCUCAAACUCAUGGUCCGCAGCAUGGACACAGUAUACCACAUGAAGAGGCGCCUGCAUGCGGUGGAGGGAGUGGAGCCGGGCAGCCAGCGCUGGUUCUUCUCGGGCAGGCCACUGGCAGACAAAAUGAAACUGGAGGAGCUGAAAAUCCCAAAGGACUACGUGGUACAAGUCAUCGUGAGCCAGCCCUUAGCAAAUCCAACCCCAGUGGAAAACUGAUUUCUGCUUGUUUGAUUCUUCUUUCCUCCAUCUCUGCCAUGGGGUUUGUUUUCACUGCGUUCUCUCCUUUUGGUUUGUCCUGCUAAUGGAUUGGUUCCAAGAAAUGACCAGCAAAAAUUCCAUCUGUGAUGGAGAUCUGCAAAAACAAAACAUAAAAAUGUAAACUGACCUUUGGGGUUUGCCUGAUCUCAUAUUUAACACAACAGCAAGCAGCACAGGGCAAGGGCAAAGGAAGGAAGGGGAAGGGAAAAGAGAGGAGGUACAAGGAAGGAGGGAAGAGAUUGUAGUUCACUUAAUACAAAAAUAUGAUUCUUAAAACUGUAGGUGGUGUCAUGAUUCAUGAAGCCAGAGCAACAGAGAGCACUUUUACUUAAAAAAAAGAAAAAAUUGUAAUCAAUUUAUAAAAUUUCAUAUCAGCACCACAUACAGUUCAUGCAAGAAUCACAGCUGCUCUGGGUAGGCCCUGGGCUGUGUGUUCAUGGGGAUCCUUGCUGGUUUGACUUAACUUGCAUGCUUUGCCCAGGCACUGCCGAGGCACAGCCAGCCCCAGGCAGCAGAGCUGGGCUGGGGGCUUGGUCUCCAUCCUGCACAGGUGGCUCCUGGUGAUGCUCAGACCAAGCAAUUGUACAUUCCAAGAUGGCAACAUAGUCCUGUGGCAUUGCUGGCUCCCAAGCUGGGAAUGCAGCCCGCGGGAGCCUUAGGCAAUAACUUAGUCAAUGUAUUCUCCCACAAUCUGUACUGUAAACUUACUUGCCACAAGACUGACUUAGCCUGUAGUUUACAGCUCACUGGCACCUGAGUAUGUGCCUGCUGAAUCACUAUAUAUUGCUCAGAUCAUUAAAACAAGUUUUUAUCAGGCUAGCUAAGGUGAGUGAUGUGCUGGUCUGCGCUUAAGCGUUAGGUGCAUCACCUUUGUCAAAUGGCACUGGUGCUCUAGGUGCAGGUUAAACUGCAGUUACACCAAGAUGCAAUGGAUUGCAACUUCCCCUGCUCAGUUCCUAGAGGGCACAAAGCAUGUAAAAUGGUAAGGAGGACAUGACAGUACGCAGUUUUCAGCUUUUCAUGUGAGUGUCACUUGAAGCAGCAGCUAGUCGUCUAGCUCUCGUGACCCUCCAUCCAGGCCAACUGGAUGUAUCCUCACUGACAUGCACCUGCAGCCCAGACUGUGGUGGUGGUGCUUUCCCUUCAGAAUGUAAGAGGAGCCCUUUUGACAAACGACAAAUCCUUUUAUAGUCUCAAAAAUCUAAAUCAGAGCAUAUUUUCGGAGAGGGGAAAUCUGCUUGUUCCCUCAGUUAGCAAUGCUCUCUGUGUUCCUUUGCCUGCUCUGCACCCCUGUCUGUUAAUGACUGAGAUCAAAUGCCCUGUUCCUUUUAAAUAUGAUUUCUAGUUUGCUUGGUUUUUAGUCAUCAUUGAAAUGGCUUCUUCCAAGGUUGAAUGUGCUAUCAGGUAUGAAUAGCAUAUUUUUAUUGGUUUGUCUUCCCUCUCUGAAUCAAUGGUCUAAAGCUACAGUUGUCCCGCUCUUUCCCGUCUGCUAGUGAAACUGGUGGGUUGCAUUGACAAUUUUAAACAUGUUACUUUUGCUCCUUCAUUAAUUUCAUAGAAUUCAGUUUCUUGGACUCAAAGGGAGUUCUUGUUCUAUGAGCCUCAGCAUAGAGCCAGAACAGGCACAGGUCCCUUGUACAGCACCAUGAAAUUUCCCCACCAGGUGAAGCAGGUGCAGAAUUUACAUUGAUGGUUGGAAAACAGAUCCACAUUUUAUAUGCAUUUCCCAUCCUACCCCAAAUAAAUAUAGCUUUCUUUUUGGUCCCUUGGUUGUAUUAAGCCAAUGGUUUUAUGACAGCUUCUUUACCCCCCGUUUGGUACAGGGUGACUGAAAUGCAGUGGCAGAGCUGUGUAAAGGCAAAUUAGUUCCCUGUUCUCAUAAACACCAAAGUGACUUGGCUUUCUUUUUUCUUUUUUUCUUUUUAAAGGUGAAGUCAAAGCUGAUAAAUACUAAUCUAUAACAAAAGUUUUCUAUUGUGGAGUUUUUUUAAGACAAAUAUGAUUUACGAUACUGGGUUUUUGCAGCCAGAUCUUUUGCAUUCCAGAAGGGAAAAACAAUAUUUGAUAUAUAAACAAUUCAAAUCUCUUGGAUUUUCACUGGGCAAAUGAUGGUUUCAUGCCAGGAAGACACUAAUUGUCAGUAAAAAUGGUCUUUACAAUGUCGCUUAUCCUGCAGUCCCUUCUGGAAGGGGGGAAAUUGUGAUAGAUUAAGGAGCAAACCGGGGUGACAGUUCUGUAACUGUGAAUACUAAAACACUACAACACUACUUUUGGGGUUUUUUUAGGAUACAUUUUGUUGGUGUUUUUUUCUUUCUGUUUUCGUUCAGGCAAUUGCCACCAUGUACUGUUCUUGAGAUUACAGCAUGUAGGGACUGGGAGAGUUUCCUCUUUACCUCUUCCCCCUCUUAGUUGGAAAAGGUUCGGUUUUACUAUGCCAUAAUAGAUGACCACGUCUUAUGUUAAUUGCUUUUAUGUUGGGGAGCAAGGUGAUGAUCUGCAGGCCAAGUUGUGGGUGGGCUUCAAACAGAACAGAGAAUUGGUUCACGAAAAUACUCUCCUCUAGCAGCCUCCCCUCCCCCCCCCCCCCCCUUAAGUACAUAUCUAAGACUGAAAAAAUUCAAUGGUAAAAUGCUUUUAAAGGUGAAAGUGAAGACUUUUCAACCUCUUCUGUAUAAAAUGAUGGAUGUGCUAAGCACAUAUCCUGCUGGAAACAAAUUUUACAAGAUUUGUAUUAAGAAAGAAUUCUACAUUUUAAAAUACAUAUAUAUAUUUUAAAAAUAUCAGUAAUGAAGGCAUAUGCAUACAGGCAUACCGCAUGUUGACUAACAUAUCCCGUGUAUAUAAUUAGAGGUUGCAGUAUACAUUGAGAGAACAGUCAUUUCUGUCUCUGAAAUACCUAUCUUUGUCCUAUGAGAUGGUCUUCGGUGCAAAGGCCAGUGCAGGAAACAAGGCUGCGGCUCCUGUGGGACUCACGCAGGUUCCCGAGGCAGAGCACGGCUCCCCGUGUGCCUGGGGGAGGGAGGGAGGGAGGGAAGGCUUGUCUAAUUGCAGGGCAGAGUAGGUAUGGUUGAAGUAAGACUAAUGAAGUACAAAACAGCUGUUUCACUGGCUGGCAGCACCGGUAAGGAGGCAGGACCGGUGCAGGUCUUCGUGGACAACAUUCAGUGACUCCUCAUGGGGAGGGCGGAUAGAAGCAGCACACUGAUGCAUGCAUCUUCAUUUUGCAGUGUGGACGCGCAUUGAGCUGUGUGCCACUGGCAACACGGCCUGGGCUGGGUUUUGGCACGCUGGUGGGUGUGCUGCCCAGCACUGCGCAGUGUCUUGGUUAGAAUCAAAGUCAUGCAAUGGGUUUUGUAAUGCAUGCAGCCAUAAACUGCAAUACCAAGUGCAGACAAAUGAAGACUAAUAGGAUAUUUUUUAUUCAUUAGAUUUAUCAGCCCUUUGUGUCAUUCCUGAUUAGCUCUGUCUAUGAACCGAUGCCAGUAGAUGACAUUUUUUAUCGUGUUAGUGACAGAUCUGUUUGACAUGAUUCAAAAUUUUAUACUCUUUAUUGUUGCUUCUGCCUGACCCAGAAGUAAUAACCUAGUGGAAGUCCACACUCUUGAACAGCUUGAAGGGCAGAGAGGUAUAAACACAUGUAAUCUGCUGGGGCAUGGGAGCUCCAGAAGAGCCGCAGAUGCUGUAGGUACAUUGCUCGGUGCGCUACAGAAGGAUGCUCAGGGUCGUCUUCCACAACCAAGUGACAGCUGCUCCUUCUGAGCAUCCAGCUCCCAAAAGUUUCAUUGACUACCUUGGCUCUUUGCUCAUCUCGGUUUAUUGGUGUCCUCUGUGGAAAACACAGCAUGGAAUAGCUGCACUGCAAGAACUUUUUUUAGUUUCCUAAAAGCCUUUACCUCUCUGAAUCUGUGUAAUAUUUUGUAAACUAAAUGAUGUGAGUCAGCAGUGUAAUAAGCUGGUUUUUUUAAUAGAUCCCGAAUGCUACAAGUAGUCGUAACAACAAAAAAACCUCACCCCAGGAGCAACCAAACAAAACUCCAGCGCCUCUUUGCAUUUCACAGAAAGUUCUGAAGUCGCUUUGGGGAGGAGAGGAAAGAGGGGUUCACUGAAGCAACAAGGCAACACAUGGCAAUGUGCAUAACCUUUGGUAAAGCAGAUGGCCGACUGAUAAAAUAUUGCUGUAGUAUGACAUGCUUCUGCAUAUAUAUCCAUUGUUAGUAAAUAAUGUAAAAAUUUUGAAAAACUAUUAAAAAACAUAAUCUUAGUUUGUAACAAUGGUGGGACGCUUUUAGCCAUGGAGUUUUGAAAGCAUAUUAGCUGUGUAAGUGUUGACAAAUUGAAUGCUGUACGUUUCUCCAUUUCUAUCUUCUUCAGAAGCCUAAGUGGUAGCUACAUUUCUGACUCUUGAUCUAUAUUUUACAAACUCUUUUCUAUGUCACUGUAAAUACAUCCAAGACCCUGCACCUUAUGCAGAGAAUGUUUACAUUUAAAAAAAAAAAUAUUGUUGGCUUUUUCACUGCGCUGCUCAGAUCCUGCUAUGUUGAAAUGAAGGUAGUUUCUGUUAGAAAAAGGGGCUUUUUUUUUCUUUGCCCUUCACCACUUUCCCCCUAACUAUGUCUCUGUCCUGGAUGAUGGCUGGCAGCUCUUGGACAGCUUGCAUUCUCCUGGAGUAGGAUAUAGACAUAUUUGAGAAAAGUGUUUUUAAAAACUUGCUUUGGGUGGGGGGGAUGAGCUUCAUAUGCUCUGCAACUUUCUUGGAAAAAGAGAGAAAGUCUGCGUCACACCCACUAGGUGUUGGUGGUCUGCCUUGCAAGUUCACUGAUCUAGGAAGCCUUUGAGUUAAACUUUCCAGCAACUGUGCUUCUGUUUUCUCACAAAGAUGAUGAAUGUCCUGCUAUUAUAUCUGCAGCUACAAACGCUUCCGUUGGUUAAUGACUGUACAUGCAAGUCGCUUGCUUUAAGACUUUCCUUUUCAUAAAGUGUUUUUGAUUUCUCUGUUCUGCAAAUGGCUCUCCUCUUCCAUAUUUCAUCUGCUUAGAUACUCCAUAGCCACAUGUGUUGCUCUUGUUCAUAGGAGAUGGAGCUAUAGCUCUGCUUCCAAGGGAGAUACAUGCCACUGAGCCUACAAAAGUCAAGUAGUUGGAAGAUGAGAUGUUCUAACCAGCAGGCUUCUUACUGUAGACUUUGAGACUUUUAAAAAACAUGUCCACUGGACUCUCCAUGAAGAAGUAUGUCCUGCCCUCCAAGCAGGACCACUUGUUAGGUAUUUAUCUGGUAGAACUCUGUAUUUGUAUAUUUUACAGAUUAAGAUCAUUUGAUCAGAGCCAUGGGGCAAGUAGAGAACUUAAAAUCCUGACUCCUGCCUUAAAACUUCUAGUUCAUCUUGAACUCCAAAAAUUCUGCACCUGCUCAUUCCCAAGUACCUUUUUUCUUUAGGAAAUUUGAAUCCAGUCAAAGGCUGGAGACAAUUUAAGGAAAUGUAAAACAAAAUAAAUUUUAGCGGAUGGCUUUAUUAAAAUAACUAACUGGUCUUGUAUUAAAAACCCUAUUUGUGCCUCUCAAGUCCAGGGAAUGUUUAAAAAGUGGAAGUGGCUUUUGAGCAAUGAUUGAAAUGACUGCAUUAGCUGGCAAUUUGUAAGACACUUGCUUUCAUAUGCUCUGAGCAAGAGACUUUGGUUUGUGUCCUCUCUGCCUCAUGGUAAUGGCUUUCAAAGAUGGCUGGUACCAUCAAAUUUGUACUUCUUGAAUAAAUAUCUUCAUUUUUAUGGUAAAACUUUUUGUAUCCAGUUUUGUGUGUGCCAUGGAACAAACAUCCAUAUUACGUAGGAUACUAGGUGCUAGAUUUGGUACUGACACAAAUAGACAGCUCCAACAUGCAUUGAAAGAUGAGGAGAUUCCAGUGAUGUGACCUUUUUUCACCCUAUAACUUCGAUUCUAAAGGAUUUUAUAAAAUAUACCAGUUGUGUAAAACAUGCUUUUUAACUUUUUCCCCCCUCCUUGGCUCCUUCAGUCAAUGAAGAAUUCUAGGCCAAUAUAAAGAUGCUGUGAACAUCAGGUAACUUUUAAAAUGCAUUAUGUAUUUUUAUGUUGUACCUCUGUUUCUUGGUUGACAUAUCGCAGUAGUGUGUGCACAUACUCUUAAUCAAUUGCAAAGCACAAGUAGGUUUUCUUUAGACUGUUAAAUUAUGGGAGAGAGAGAACUUUUUUCCCCCAUGCAUUUAAAAAAUAAAAAUAAUCCUGGAAAUGCCAUGCCUUAAGAAAUAAA